AGUUCAAAAUACGCGAAAUAAAAUUUUAAUUGCGUCCACUGUGGCAAGAAAUAGUCAGUAGCAUAUUUAAAAUAAGUUCUUGAGUGAAUGAGAAGUGUCUUAAUGCGACGGGAAAUUAUUGUUUCCUUUGUUUGAAUAGCUUCAGUUAUAAACGACAAGUAAAUGCAUUUGGUUCGCGCGGAAAGACUAAAGUUCGACGUUGUGCGAUUGUAAGAUUUAACACAAUUAUACACAAAUAUACAUACAUAUGUCUCAAGAAUUCCAAAGUCAAGAGGACACCGAAGCCAAAAAUCAGUGUGUUUAUAAAUUCGAUGCAAGCUCUCUUAUCGGUGCGAAUGUCGGUAAAUUCUGUCAAGGCGUUAACAAAAACAAUGUUUCAAAAUAUGCUCAGUACCAUGCCUUCCAUAAUCGCAUUGUCAUUAAUCAUUACUGAGCUUUUCGCGUCGGUGGAUGGUGUAUCACGACGUCAUCAUCAUAGCAGUAAUGACAAAUCAGCUGUUUCCGAGGAUACUGUGUACAAUUACUUGAUGGAGUUUGAUUAUCUGCCUAAGUCGGACAUCGAAACAGGAGCUUUGCGGACCGAAGAGCAACUGAAGGAUGCCAUACGGAACCUACAGCGCUUUGGCAACAUUCCGGCCACCGGCGAAAUAGACGAGGCCACACGAAAACUGAUACAACUACCUCGCUGUGGAGUGGGCGACAGUAAUCGUACUGCCAAUUUCUCGCCCGAUAAUCUGCAGUAUGGGUACCAUCGCAUGAAGCGGUAUGUGUUGCAGGGACCCAAAUGGGACAAAACGGAUUUAACUUGGAGUUUGGUAAAUUGGACAAUGGAUGACUCUCCACAAGUAAGAAGAGUACUCACGGAGGCGCUCAAUGUGUGGGCUCGCAGCUCUAAGUUGACUUUUCGCGAAGUGCUGAGCGAUCAAGCCGAUAUUCAAGUUUUGUUUGCCAGGGGCGACCACGGCGAUGGCUACAAAUUCGAUGGACCUGGCAUGGUGCUUGCUCACGCUUUCUACCCAGGCGUGGGGCGUGGUGGCGAUGCACAUUUCGAUGCCGAUGAGAAAUGGCAAUUUAGCAGCGGGGAAAGGGGAGAUACAACAAAUUUUCUCGGCGUGGCAGUUCAUGAGUUUGGACAUUCUUUGGGCCUAGGACAUUCUUCUGACAAAAAUGCCAUUAUGUACCCAUGGUACCACGAUAAUGAUGUAGACAUUAAUCUACCCGAUGAUGAUCGUUAUGCCAUUCAACAAUUGUACGGCGCUAAGGAAAAGACCUGGGGUCCAUUUAAACCACAACCACGCCCACAAACUACACCCACCACAACAACCACAACGCGGCGUCCUCUCGUUUACUACCCACAAUAUCCACAACAGCCACAAUACCCAUCCUACGAUCCCUACUAUCCACGGCGGCAGUAUCCCUAUAAUCCACAUCAUCGCAAUCGUGAGCCAGUAACCACCAGUACCACUACCACCACGUACAGACCACGUACCGACUCGCCGCCACGGCCAACUAAAAAUUGGUCGCAGCGUCGUCACCCAACGAAGCCUAAAAAAUUAAAGCCAGACACGUGUCAAACCAGUUAUGAUGCCAUUUCCAUUAUUCGACGCGAAAUAUUCAUAUUUCGUGGACAGUUUCUUUGGCGCAUUGGAGAUCGUGGUCUUUAUGAAGGCUUUCCAACCGAAACUCGUCGCUUGUGGACCCAAUUGCCCGAAAACUACACCAAAAUUGACGCCGUGUAUGAGAAUCAAGAUCGAAAAAUUGUAUUCUUUAUAGGCCGCUAUUACUAUGUCUUCGAUUCAGUGACGCUAGUACGGGGCUACCCGCAACCUCUCACUUCUUUAGGUCUGCCGCCGUCAUUGACCCACAUAGAUGCCGCAUUCGUUUGGGGCCAUAACAACCGCACCUACUUUACAAGUGGCACCUUAUAUUGGCGAUUAGAUGACGAAACCGGAAGAGUUGAACUGGACUACCCGCGAGAUAUGUCGAUAUGGCGCGGAGUAGGUUACAACAUAGACGCUGCAUUCCAGUAUAGCAAUCGUAAGACAUACUUUUUCAAAGGCUACGGUUACUGGGAAUUCAACGAUGAUGUAAUGGAGGUAGCGCAUCCACGUCCAAAACUCAGUGCACGCAAGUGGAUGAAUUGUCAGCGGCGAGUCAACGAAGUCGAUGAGGAACAAACUUGGACGGCACCCCUCAUCUCUGAACGAAACGAUACAAUAAAUCCAGAUUUAACCGGCGGUAUCAGCGGUAUUCGGAAUCACGCCGGGCGGUGGGCUUUCUUAUGGAAUGUGCUACUACCCGCAAUUUGUUGGUGGUGGUCAGCUUUGGCGACGAUAGACUGAUUGAGCAUGCCAUCAUCCCGUUUGAUAGAAUAAUGAAUCCUCAUGUUUUCACAAAAUGUCUAAUGUGUGACAUUCGGUUUAAAAACCUUACAUAUUUAGGCUUAAUUUCGAAUUCAUAAACGUAUGCAAUAAUAAUCAUUCGUAUUAAAACACAUAUAACUAAAACUAGCCACUUAGUAUAUUUUAAGUAGAAGCGAAACUUUUUUUCAUUCAAUAUAAACGAAUUUUGUUAUUCUCCUUUAAUUUACAUACACAUACA